AUGGCUUCCUACGGGCUGCUGGGCCAGCCCGACGAAGAUGCGCUACACAAAUCGCGUCUUCUCAAUGUCGAAGAAAAACCUUUCAAGCGUAUCUCCAAGCGACUUCUCAAUCCCGAAUCCCUCAUUGUCACCAAUCGCUCUCUCCCGCUCACACCUCCACCCGAAGAUCCUGACAUCGAUGCGACCGCAGACCUAGAGGCUGAGAAGCAAAAGCGUCUUGAAGAAUGGCGCCAUUUCCGCGAAGACGUGACUCUCGAUUUCGCAGCCUUCGAAGGCAGCAUUGCUCGCGUUCAGUUCCUCCUGACUAGUAACGCGGAGGAGCGCCAACGUUAUGCGACGGAAAAAGUCCGCAUUGUCUCAACGAUGGAUGCGGUGCGUCAAAACACUACUGAGCUCCGCGUCCAGCUCGAUGAAGCUCAGCGACUACUAGCUUUACGGAAGAGCUACGACGAGCUAGCUGAGAAAAUUACUAAGAACCGGCUGUUGAAGCCGCGGGAGGAACAGCAAGCCAACCUCCAGAAGCUUCAGCUAGAAAUCUCGGACCUGGAGAAAGAAAGCAAGGAUUAUGCCAAGACUUGGGCGGAGCGACGCGAACAAUUUGGUCGUAUUGUGGAGGAAGGUAUGCAGCUGCGCCGCUUGAUCCGCGAUGAAAAGGAGGAAGUGGAACGGAGAGAAGGCAUGCAGGAGGGUGAAGAUGGCGAUGAAGGCGAUGCUUCCUCAAAGGGAAAGCUGAGUGCUGCGACUAGCCCUCUUCCAGAGACUGAUAGCAUGACCCCCUCCCAACACAGCCAGGAUGAAGGGCGGUUGCAGGUUGAAAAGGGAUUGAGUAUUGCGAGAGGCGCAUCUCCUUUGCGAAAUGUGGUCAGUGCAGAUGGCGCCCACGAUCAAGACACCAACAUGGCGGAUGAGGGUGAGAGAAUGGUUGAGGAUGCUGGGGAGGACUCGGAUGAGCUUGAAGAGGGUGAAGAGCUCUCGGAUGAUCACUUGGCUGAGAAAAUGGAUACCACUUGA